GUUGUGAGGUUAGAAUUUACGUCAAAAUACGAAAAGAUAAAGGAAAUAGCUACAUCAAAAAAGUAAUUUUUUUAAAUAAUAAGUAAAAUAAAAAAAAUUAAUUUAUAUUGCAUAAGAUUAAACAAUGGCAAUAUCAUAUUCGUGCAAUGACUUCUUGGAAUUUCAGGAAGCCUUAAAGAAGAUGCGAGAUCUCGAUGAUAAGAUUAUCUACGUCUUGAACACGUCAUUACCAACAGAAUCCUUCAAGGGACAAGUAGACUCCGAAAGAACCUGCCAUGAUUUGUACAGUAAACUUCGAGUGGGCCAUCAACACCGGGAAGAGGCUAUAAAACGUUGCAUUUUGGUAGCAGCUGAGUCGGUAAAGAAACUUAAAGAAGCACGAGAAUCAAAUCGAGAUGAUUUCGAAGUUGAUAAGAAGUUCAAAUCUGAGCAAAGAAAGUUGCGAGUUCUCCAAUCCGAACUUAAUGUAGAAGAUAUUGUUAAAGAUCGAUCAUACAAAGCUUUUAAUGAGCGCUGCAGAGCAUUUUUUAGCGCUGGUGCUUUAUAACAGAGAUAUAAUUUAUAGGUAGUUGCAAGAGAAAUAUUGACUUUUAGUAGUUGCUUGAAAGUGGUAGCCACUAUGUACGUUAAAGCAAGUUUGUUACAAUAUUUUUUAAUAAUAAAAUACCCCAUAGCCGGAUCGGUUUGCAUUUGAAAACAAAAAUA